GGUCACAGGGCGUUAAAGAAUGGCGGAUGAUCGGAAAGAUGAAGCAAAGGCGCCUCACUGGACCUCAGCUCAACUAACAGAGGCGUCUGCACACCCACAUCCACCUGAGAUUAAAGAUCAAGAUGGGGCAGGGGAAGAACUUGUCCGAAGCGCUAAUGGAUUCCCAUACAGAGAGGAUGAAGAGGGUGCCUUUGGAGAGCACGGGCCAGAGGGCACCUAUUCAGAUACCAAAGAGAAUGGGAUUAAUGGAGAGCUGAGCUCAGCCGAUAGAGAAACAGCAGAGGAGGUAUCUGCAAGGAUAGUUCAAGUAGUCACUGCUGAAGCUGUAGCCGUCCUGAAAGGCGAACAAGAAAAAGAAGCUCAACAUAAAGACCAACCUGCAGCUCUGCCUUUAGCAGCUGAAGAGACAGCUAAUCUGCCUCCUUCUCCACCUCCAUCACCCGCCUCAGAACAGACUGUCACAGUAGAGGAAGGUUUAUUUACAGCCUUGAAGAUGGAGUUCCGUGAUCAACAGGAAUUGAGUCCUUCUACAGAUGAGCCAUUAGACCAGAAAGCAGAGGAGUCAGAAAAGCAAAUUAAGCCUGGUGAAGACCUUGAAAAUGCUGCCUUAGUUUCUCAGCCUGAGACAACUAAAACAUCCCCUGAUGAAAAGGACGUGCAAGGCAAAGAAGAAGAAAAAGCACUUCCCAGUCUAUUUGCCAGUCCAGAAGACUUAAAACAGAAGACAGAACCAAGCCUAGUAGUAGCUGGCAUUGGCGUCCCUACAGAGCCUCCAGCUCAAAAAGAGCAGAAGGAUUGGUUCAUUGAAAUGCCAAUGGAAGCCAAAAAGGAUGAGUGGGGUUUAGUUGCUCCAAUAUCUCCUGGUCCCCUAACACCUAUGAAGGAAAAAGAUGUGCUUGACGAUAUCCCAAAAUGGGAAGGGAAACAAUUUGACUCUCCCAUGCCAAGUCCCUUUCAAGGUGGAAGCUUCACUCUUCCUUUAGAUGUCUUGAAGAAUCAAAUAGUUCCAACAACAUCACCCUUUUCACCUGUCCUAUUACAGCCAGAUAAAAAAUCUCUAGAAGAAGCCAGCGGCCCAGAGACUGCCAAAGAUACUUCUAAAGUUGAAGAGCCCCUUAAGGAUAAACCUGACAAAACAGCAGAAACACCAGCCUCAGCGGAAAUUACCUCACACAAAGACACUGACAUUUCUAUUAUGGAAGAAUGUAUCACAGAGAAAGUUUCAGGAGAAGAAAAGGGGGCCAUAGAGGAAGAAAGUAUGCAGAAAAAAGAGACUUCCACCCCCAGUGGACAGGAACCUAUUCUUACUGAAAAGGAAACUCAGCUAAAGUUUGAAGAAAAAAUUACCAUCCCUGACAAAGAAGCUGUGCCAAAAGAGAGCGAACCUCCCAAAUUGACAGAUGAUGAAACAAGCAUAACUCAGACCACCACAGAGCAUACUAUCUCAAAAGAAGAACAGAAAGGUCAAGAGCCUACCACAGAUAUGUUAAAACAGGACUUGUUCCCUCUAAGUUUGGAGCAAGAAGUUACAGAUUCAGCCCUGACCUCUAAAACAUUGGAGAAAGUGUUGACUGAACCAUGUGCACUAAGUGAAAAGAGUUCAAUCCAGGAACUUUUUGAAGAGAAAGUUGCUGACAAAGAUAAGGUUGAAAGGGUUGGGGCUGCAGCAUCAUCUGAGCUUGACAUGCCAUUUUAUGAAGAUAAGUCAGGAAUGUCCAAGUACUUUGAAACAUCUGCCUUGAAAGAAGAAGUGACAAAAAGCACUCAGCCAGGCAGUGAUUACUAUGAACUGAGUGACACAAGAGAAAGUGCCCAAGAGUCUUUUGAUACUAUAGCUCCCACUUAUAAAAAUGGCGAGGAGGAAACUCAGGCAGGAAAGGAACCCCAACCCCAUGCUGCAGCACAAGAAACAGGGUACAGUACGCUUGCCCAGAGUUAUCCAUCUGAGUUACCCGAGGAACCCAGUUCUCCUCAAGAAAGAAUGUUCACUAUUGAUCCAAAAGUAUAUGGGGAGAAAAGGGAUCUCCAUAGUAAGAAUAAGGAUGAUUUGACACUAAGCAGAAGUUUAGGACUUGGUGGUAGGUCUGCAAUAGAGCAAAGAAGCAUGUCAAUCAAUUUGCCCAUGUCUUGCCUUGAUUCCAUAGCCCUUGGAUUUAACUUUGGUCGGGGGCAUGAUCUUUCUCCUCUGGCUUCUGAUAUUCUGACCAACACGAGUGGAAGUAUGGAUGAAGGGGAUGAUUACCUUCCCGCCACAACACCUGCACUGGAGAAAGCCCCUUGCUUCCCAAUAGAAAACAAAGAGGAAGAAGAAAAGAUAGAGGAAGAAAAAGCUACAGGAGAGGAAAAUAUUCACGCUGACACAACAUGUGAGUCACCUUUCCUAGCCAAAGAUUAUUAUAAAAAUGGGACUGUCAUGGCCCCUGACUUGCCGGAAAUGCUAGAUCUGGCAGGCACAAGGUCAAGAUUAGCUUCCGUUAGUGCAGACGCUGAGGUUGCAAGGAGGAAAUCAGUCCCAUCUGAGACUGUGAUCGAGGAGGGUACUGGUUUGCCCUCAGUGACUGAUGAAAACCACGUCAUUGUAAAAACAGACAGUCAGCUGGAAGACCUGGGCUACUGUGUGUUCAAUAAAUAUACAGUCCCACUCCCAUCACCUGUUCAAGACAGUGAGAAUUUGUCAGGGGAGAGUGGUUCCUUUUAUGAAGGCACUGAUGAUAAAGUUCGAAGAGAUUUAGCCACAGACCUUUCUUUGAUUGAAGUCAAACUGGCAGCUGCAGGAAGAGUCAAAGAUGAGUUUAGCACCGAGAAAGAAACAUCCCCACAUAUGUCAGGACUGGGUAGGGAGUUUGAUCAGGAAAAGAAAGUGAAUGAUAAGCUGGAUACUGUACUAGAAAAAAGUGAAGAACAAGUUGAUUCAAAAGCACAUGCCACAACAACAGAAGAGGCUGGUGAUAAAGUCGAAACAGUUGAAUUAGGAGUCACUGAUGAACAACCUUUGGCCAAAGAACCGGCAGUAUCAAAAGAUACACCACCACCCAUGGCUGAGAAAGCAGAGGAAGGUCUGAGCUCAGUACCAGAGGUGGUUGAGGUAGAACCAUCCAAAAAAGCUGAACCAGAACUGGAUUUUGCUGCAGAGAAAGCUGACCAGGGUCAAUUAGAUGUUCAAAUCAGUGACUUUGAGCAGACACCCGCGGAGCUAACCGUGGAUGCUGGAAUGGUAACAGAGCUUGAACUCGAGGAGACACAACAGGACCUGGCCCCCUCAUCCAAAGUGCCUCAGGAGGCAGAUGCGUUUAUGGAUGUUGAGUCUGUCCACAUGAAAGAAGGCACCAAAGUGAGUGAGACAGAAGUCAAAGAGAAGGUGGCCAAGCCUGACUUGGUACACCAGGAGGCCGUAGACAAAGAGGAAUCCUAUGAGUCUAGUGGUGAGCAUGAAAGCCUGACCAUGGAGUCCUUGAAACCUGAUGAGGGCAAGAAGGAAACAUCCCCAGAGUCUUCUCUAAUUCAAGACGAGAUUGCCAUCAAGUUGUCAGUGGAAAUACCCUGUGCAGCUGCUGUUUCAGAGGCUGAUUUAGCCACAGAUGAAAGAGCCGAUGUCCAGAUGGAAUUUAUUCAGCUGCCAAAAGAAGAAAGCAAAGAGACCCCAGAUAUAUCUAUCACACCCUCAGAUGUUACAGAGCCGUUGCUUGAAGGGAUCGUGUCUGAACCAGCAGAGGCUCAGAGUGAGGAAGAAGAGAUAGAAGCCCAGGGAGAAUACGAUAAGCUGCUCUUUCGCUCAGACACCCUUCAGAUUACCGACCUGGGUGUCCCAGGUGUCAGGGAGGAAUUCGUGGAGACCUGCCCUGGUGAACACAAAGGAGUAAUUGAGUCAGUUGUAACCAUUGAGGAUGAUUUCAUAACUGUAGUGCAAACCACAACCGACGAAGGGGAGUCUGGUUCCCAUAGUGUGCGUUUUGCAGCCCUAGAGCAGCCUGAGGUGGAAAGGAGACCUUCUCCUCAUGAUGAAGAAGAACUUGAAGUAGAAGAGGCAGCUGAAGCCCAGGCAGAACCCAAGGAUGGCUCCCCAGAGGCUCCGGCUUCCCCUGAGAGAGAAGAGGUUGCACUCUCAGAAUAUAAGACAGAAACCUACGACGAAUACAAAGACGAGACCACCAUUGAUGACUCCAUCAUGGAUGCUGACAGCCUCUGGGUGGACACUCAAGAUGAUGAUAGGAGCAUCAUGACAGAACAGUUAGAAACUAUUCCUAAAGAGGAGAAAGCUGAAAAGGAAGCUCGGAGAUCAUCUCUUGAGAAACAUAGAAAAGAAAAGCCCUUUAAAACCGGGAGAGGCAGAAUUUCCACUCCUGAAAGAAAAAUAGCUAAAAAGGAACCUAGCACAGUCUCCAGAGAUGAAGUGAGAAGGAAAAAAGCAGUUUAUAAGAAGGCUGAACUUGCUAAAAAAACAGAAGUUCAGGCCCACUCUCCCUCCAGGAAAUUCAUUUUAAAACCUGCUAUCAAAUAUACUAGACCAACUCAUCUCUCCUGUGUUAAGCGGAAAACGACAGCAGCAGGUGGUGAAUCAGCUCAGGCUCCUGGUGUAUUUAAACAGGCAAAGGACAAAGUCUCUAAUUCUACCUUGUCAAAGAUUCCUGCCUUACAGGGUAGCACAAAGUCCCCAAGAUACAGCUCAGCCUGCCCUAGUACGACUAAAAGGGCUACAUUUUCUGACAGUUUUUUAAUGCAGCCCAACUCAGCGGGCUCCACAGACCGUUUGCCAUACUCAGAAUCAGGGAACAAGGAUGGAGUUACCAGGAGCCCGGAAAAGCGCUCUUCUUUGCCAAGACCCUCCUCCAUCCUCCCUCCUCGCCGAGGCGUGUCAGGAGACAGAGAUGAGAAUUCCUUCUCUCUUAAUAGCUCCAUCUCUUCUUCAGCACGACGGACCACUAGGUCAGAGCCAAUUCGCAGAGCAGGAAAAAGUGGCACCUCAACACCCACUACCCCUGGAUCAACCGCCAUCACUCCUGGCACACCACCAAGUUAUUCUUCACGCACACCAGGCACUCCUGGAACCCCUAGCUACCCCAGGACCCCACACACACCAGGAACCCCCAAAUCUGCCAUCUUGGUGCCCAGUGAGAAGAAGGUCGCCAUCAUACGUACUCCUCCAAAAUCUCCCGCUACUCCCAAGCAGCUUCGGCUUAUUAACCAGCCACUGCCAGACCUGAAAAAUGUCAAGUCCAAAAUCGGAUCAACUGACAACAUCAAAUACCAGCCUAAAGGCGGGCAGGUUAGAAUUUUAAACAAGAAGAUCGAUUUUAGCAAGGUUCAGUCCAGAUGUGGUUCCAAGGAUAACAUCAGACAUUCUGCUGGGGGUGGAAAUGUACAAAUUGUUACCAAGAAGAUAGAUCUAAGCCAUGUGACAUCCAAAUGUGGUUCUCUGAAGAACAUCCGCCACAGGCCAGGUGGUGGGCGUGUGAAAAUCGAGAGUGUAAAACUGGAUUUCAAAGAAAAGGCCCAAGCUAAAGUCGGUUCACUGGACAAUGCUCACCAUGUCCCUGGAGGCGGUAAUGUCAAGAUUGACAGCCAGAAAUUGAACUUCAGAGAGCAUGCAAAGGCCCGUGUGGACCAUGGGGCUGAGAUCAUUACGCAGUCCCCAGGCAGAUCCAGCGUGGCAUCACCCCGACGACUCAGCAACGUCUCCUCUUCUGGAAGCAUCAACCUGCUCGAAUCCCCUCAGCUUGCCACUUUGGCUGAGGAUGUCACUGCUGCACUCGCUAAGCAGGGCUUGUGAAUAUUUCUCAUUUAGCAUUGAAGUCAUAAUAUUUAGGCAUGAGCUCUUGGCAGGAGUGGGCUCUGAGCAGGUGUUAUACUCGUUCUUUACAAACCAUAAAAUAAAUAAUCUUAUCCCCAAACUGUAGUAAUUGUUACAAUUUUAUAAAAAAAAAAAAAAAAUGAAUAGAAUAUGCAGAAAUUGACCUGAUUUCCAUUUGCAACAGGAAGACACUGGCUUUACAUGGGUACAAUCAGAUAAUUAUUUUUGCUCUGCUCUGUUUUGCAUGGAGUAUUAUGAUUUUAAAAGUUGCAUUUUUACCUUUCAUGUGCCUGAAGGCUAUCCAUUACAUCCUGAAGGGCCUUGUUAAAAUCCAUGCUGCUCAUUUCACUGUUCUGUUUAUGGGUGAAAAAAUAAAAGCCACCCACAGUAACUUAUUACAGGUUAAAUUAAACCACGAAGUCUGAUUGUAGGAAGGGAAGAGCAUGUAAGAAAUAACCAGUUUUUUAAAAGUGUUAUUUUGUAUAAAUGGGAAGAAAGAUUCAAUUAAGUUAUUAACAUUUGGGACCUGGAUAAUUAUAUCAGAGUAUAAGUGAAUCCAAUAAAUUAUUUAACUAAUUAAAAAAUAGUUACAAAGCAUUUGAGCGGUUUUUGAGAAAGUGGCAUGAAAGUGCAUCUCUUAGGAUUAAAGCGCUUUCAUUAUGAUGGACUUGUGUCUGAUUAGAAUGUCAGGUGAUCGGCUAGAUUUGUGUCCACACUACCAGUUUCAUACCCCCUUCCAUCUGUUUGAUACAGUAUUAUAUAUAUAAAUAUAUAUAUAUUUCUCUGUGGCCAUUUGUGAUACUUCCUCAUAUACUUGAAUAUUAUACUUCUUUAUUCACAG